UGGUCGAUGAGGAGUGAUUGUUUUCCUAAACAACGUUUGUGUUUUCUGGUGUGUGUGAUUCAGCGGAUGUGAGGUGGCGCUUAGUCGCGUGUAGCAUCCACAUUCUCUCGGGUGGGUCAGCUGGGGUUUCGCGGUUUGUAAGGGUUGGGGACUUGUUUCGACGAGAAUCAGCUGAUCGAGCGUCGUGGCAAAGUGUCGUAGUGCCGGAUAGCUGCCUUGACAUUUGUGGCCGAUUUGGGCUGCUGUAGUUUGUUCCAGUGGUAGCCUUGGGGGUCCGCCUUCGUCGGGUUUACUUUGAGACAUGACGGCUCUUUUGUCCCAGAAACCCUUGACACUUUUUGCGUGAAGUGGGAUUGAUUUCGUCGUCUUGGUAUUUAUGGGCUUGCAGUUCAGUUGUUCUCUUGAUGGUCCCUCGGAGCAUAAUUCUGUGAAGGGAUUUUGAGGCAAAAGUCUAUUGCUUGAGAGUUAGUAGACUUAAGGAUUAUGGGCAGUUACUUGCUGGAGGUAUUCUGAACUUCUGGCUGCUGCAGAAGUUUGAUACAUGAAGCGAACCUGUGGAUACAUACCCUCGCAAAGUCAGUAGCUGCUUGUCGUCUUCUGCUUCAAGCUGUGACUCAACUGUACCAACAACUAAUGCUUGACUGGUUUCAAAGUACUGAGUACUCGUCUAAACUGCAUGCUUUGCCAUUUGUAGCGCCCAAGGCAUAAUCAUAACGUCUUUAGUCGGAGCAGAGCGACUGGUUUUACUGGGAACCGAACUCGCAGCUACUGAAACCGCAAGAAAGUUCAUCACAAAGUGAGGUCGCACAUCCAUCAUCUCAUCGAAACCUCGCAGAUCGACUGCAGGCACAACUUCGAAUUUGGACGGAUGCUUGUAUUGCAACCUAAUCCAAGAUGCUGUGAAAGCCGUACAGAGGCACCGUACGAGUUGAUUAGAGCAAAUUAUACAACUGAGGAAGUUCUGCCGCUCCUCUGAUUGCUCGCAGUGCACAGUGGUGCUAGUUUUAAUGCGAAUUUGUAAAUUAGCGCCUGCAUUUAACUGCAGUUCGCUACCCAGUUGCCAGUGUGUCACGGCGCAUGACAUUCGGUAGAGUCAAUCUCAAGUUUCGGAAGAAAAGCUUGCACGUGAUAGUAUUGCUGAAUCACUCUCUGCUGUCUGCAUCAAGAGCUUAGGUUAAGCCCAGUUUGGCUACAAGUUGGACAUUUUGUGGGCCUCCGGAAUCUUGCAGAAGCAGACAUUGCAAUUACACUUCAGAAGUACAAGGACCAUCUAGUUCUAAAAUUUACAUCCAUCAACCUCAGCGAAAGCCCGCUUUGUCCUUCUCAUGAGCAGAAAACCUUGGUUUAAGGAUUGUGAUUAGCGGAGCACGCUCAUUGCAAGGUACUGAUGGAAACGUUAACAGUGGCCGUGUGAACGUUGAUCCAAGUGCAUACUUCGAGCGAACUGUCGUGCGUAACAAGCGUUCGGUGCUGGCAGAGGGGGGCACGCGACAAUUUAAGACUGCUCAGUUAUAAACAUGCAGGUCGGCAAUCAGAGCUUUGAACAAGGAGACAGCAAUGAGGUUCGCAAAUGCACUGUCCGAGGCUGCAUUAAGUCAACCUCGGGACCAUGGAUAGUCCGCCGUCCUCCAGGAAAGGGUCAAGAAACAGCCGCAGCUGUGCUAAGGAUGCCUUCCGCACGCGAGCGCGAGAACAACAAAAGGAGGGAGAGAAGGCGGCGUGCAAUAGCCGCUAAGAUUUUUGCUGGCUUGCGCACCCAUGGGAAUUAUUGCCUUCCAAAGCACGCCGAUCAUAACGAGGUGCUCAAGGCCUUGUGUCAUGAGGCUGGGUGGCAAGUGGAAGAAGAUGGCACAAUUUUCAGGAAGGGAUCGCAGCCCUCUCCUAGGCAAGUAAUGACUGCACAGAAAACUCCUGAAGGCACGCCAUCGUGUGAGAGAUCCUUCAAGUCAGAUACUAGCCCCUCAACCUCGUGCAGCCAAGCUGGGCAAGCUAGUGAUGAACCCACGUGCACCGCUAGGAGCGACGCUGCUGAAGUCAGGCAACUUGGGAGAACAAGUGUGGAUUUUCAAUAUGAAGAUAAUAGACAGUACCUUGAUCCGCUCACCAACUUGCAAACGAUGGUAGAUCAUGCUUCGGCUGGGCAAGCAAGAAACACUCAUCCGAAUUGCGGUGAUUCUAAAAAUAGGCUAGGUUGGAAGUCUGGACCGGUUUUUCUUCUUCCAGAGCAAACGGUGAGCUUGCGUCAUCUGAGUAAUUUGAACGAUCCUCCAGUACCUACGAGCUCUGGAGCAGAAGAUGAUCGCUACGUGUGCCCAACCCGGGCGGUGAAGAACGAAUGGGAGACGACACAUGGUAUUUCAAAUGCAUUUUGUUCAGGAUUACGUACUAUGGGCAAGACCUCUCUAAUAACGUCUGCUUCGGAAAAGGACGUUUCUUCUGGGCAUGACAAGUUAUCCCCUACCCCCCAUUUUGCGGCCACCAUGAAUUCUGUAGACCUUGAUCGAUCGCUCGAAUGCAGAAGCCCUCUAGGUGUGCUGGAUCACACUACGCAGCUAGAACGCGAUCAGCCGAAUUCACACUUUAGUGUCCAGAGGCGUGGUGAUUUCACUUUAGGACCUCUACUUCAGAGGAAAACCCAAGAUCCUGAUGUAAGGAAGCAUUUCACAUUGUUUCCAAAAGCUGCUGACUUGCUUCGCCAGUCUCAUAAGGAACAAGGGGAUCAAUACUCAUGCCUCACACAUGAAAUGGUAGAUCUGACUGACGAAGCAUACGAGUCUCCUCAAGAUGGUCUCUUCUUAUGCUCCGGACGCGCUGCAGCUACCAUGAGCACAGGUUCUACUCGAGUUAACUUGCACCCAGUAAAUCUAGUGAACGAGCGCGGAGGAGCAUCAAGUAUCUCAAAUCAACACAGAAAGACUAGUGCAGAUGGACAUGCCAGGAGGGAAAUUACUGAUGAACUGGCAUUGACACUGUGCACUUCGGCGAGACAUUCUCACAGCUCAGAGUUAGGCCGAGUGGCCUAACCAACCAUAAUGCUGAAUGUGAUCAUGCCUGUAAGAGUUUCCCUUCAGUCCAACAUUGUCACCUAGUCUAGAUCAUGCGUUCCAGUCAGAGUGAAUCAUGCAGUUGAGAAAAUUUGUGUUUUAAUCUACACCUCAGCUAUGUAUUAUAGCCAAAGUCCAGGCUGUGGCAGUUGAUGAUCUUAAAACUGAGUAUGAAACGUUCCAAACUAAUGUUGGGGAGCUUGCCAGGGAGUAUUUAACGUUCUCGCGAUUGAAUGUCUCCGAGUGAGUAAGCCAGGAUCCACCUUCUUAACACUUUUUGUUUUGUUUUGUAUUUGGUUUUUUAUUUCAAUACAUGUUUUUGGACGUUAGGUAUUUCAUUAUUAGAGCUAGGAGUUUACAGGAUAAUACAGCUUAUAUCUGUAUGGAGAUUGCUGUUGUCUUUGACUUCACCAACCUUUCAACGAGUUUACUAUCGUUAUCGGUCUCAAACUUCGUAAUUAAAUUAUCAACACUCCUGUUUUUUACUGAGAUUUAUCAAAGCUGGGUCACAGAUCUUUUUAUACUGUU